AUGUGGGUCCUGCAUCUGUCAUUCCUGUCGAUAUACUUGACUGACUCGGCUGUAACCGGGCUAACUUUUGGUGCAGCCGUUCACGCUAUGAGCGCCCAGAUCAAGGGACUCCUUGGUGUUCAUCCGAGGCACACCGAUGAGGGUUUUCUUCAACUUAUCAAAAAGUGGUUUGCCAUAGGCGAAGCAGUACCCCAUACGAACCUCGUCACACUGAGUAUAUCCAUUAUUACGAUCGCAUUCCUCGUGCUCUAUAAAAAAUAUGCUGAACCUCAGCUCAAGAGGAAGAAGAUUACACUUCCAGCGGAACUUGUAGCGGUGAGUCAUGGAGUUCCUAUGGUCUGA